CACCUCCCUGCUCCCUCUCCGGUCAGCGUGCGGCUGUGUGUCGAUGUGUACCGAGUUUCCCCUCGUGGUUUUCAUACCUCUCUCUUUCCCUCCCGCCAUGUGAGGCACCGGGAUCUGCACUGCUUCUCGUUUUUUUCCUGCAGACUCUGGAUGUAAUGGUGAGCAAGUGAUUCUUGCAGACCUGAAUUGGGACUGAAUGUGGUUGUAACUAUGGUAACGACAGGGUGGAGGGCAUGGACCCUCUCCCCUUGUGGACUCAUGCUGGUCAUUGGUUGGUCUGUGAGUCUGUCCCAGCGCCAGAACGUCAGUCUUGCAGAUUGCAGCAGGAAGGAGCAUCCCAUUGUUUCCUAUCAAGAUUUGAGGAAGAGGAUGUUUGAGUUCUCCUAUCCAGGAGUGAAGGAUUUCUCCCAGCUGGCCAUGGAUAUGAGCAGGAACCAGCUCAUCGUAGGGGCACGAAACUUCCUCUUCCGGCUGAGUUUAAGCAACACCUCCCUCAUACAGGCAACCGAAUGGUCUCCUGAUGAAGACACAAAGCGCUCGUGUCAAAGCAAGGGGAAAUCUGAGGACGAAUGUCAAAACUACAUCCGGGUUUUGCUUACCAAUGGGAGAAUGCUCUUCACAUGUGGAACAAAUGCUUUCACACCCGUCUGUGUAUCUAGGCAGAUUUCCAACAUCAGUCAAGUUUUGGACACGGUGAACGGUGUCGCCCGCUGUCCCUAUGACCCCCGCCACAACUCCACUGCCAUGGUGACGCACAGCGGGGAACUGUACGCCGCCACGGUGAUCGAUUUCUCCGGACGCGACCCGGUCAUCUACAGAAGCCUGGGAAACAUGCCACCCCUUCGGACCGCCCAGUACAACUCCAAAUGGCUCAAUGAGCCUCAUUUCGUGUCGGCCUACGAAAUCGGCCGGUUUGCCUACUUCUUCCUGAGAGAGACUGCCGUGGAAAACGACUGUGGGAAGAUGGUGUUCUCUCGGGUGGCGCGGGUCUGUAAGAACGACGUUGGGGGACGCUUCUUGCUGGAAGACACCUGGACCACCUUCAUGAAGGCUCGCCUGAACUGCUCACGCUCAGGUGAAAUCCCCUUCUACUUCAACGAGCUGCAGAGCACCUUCCACUUGCCGGAGCAAGACAUCAUUUAUGGCAUCUUUACCACAAAUGUGAACAGCAUAUCAGCUUCUGCUGUUUGUGCCUUCAAUCUGAGCUCCAUCACUUUGGCUUUCAAUGGACCCUUUCGCUUCCAGGAGAACCCCCGCACUGCCUGGCUCUCUACUCCAAACCCUAUUCCCAAUUUCCAGUGCGGCACACUGGAGGAAGACGGCCCCGGCGGGAACCUAACGGAGCGUAGUCUUCAGGACGCACAGCGGCUCUUCCUCAUGAGCGACGUCGUCCAGCCGAUCACCACCGACCCCUUUCUCACCCAGGACAAUGUCCGCUUCUCCAAGCUGGUGGUGGACAUUGUGCAAGGCCAGAGCACUCUCUACCACGUCAUGUAUAUUGGCACAGAGUAUGGCAGCAUCCUGAAGGUUCUGGCCACAACCAACAAAAGCCUUCAUGGCUGCUACCUUGAAGAGCUCCGGAUCCUCCCAGAGGGGCAGAGGGGAACAAUAAAGAGUCUGAAAAUCCUACAGAAGGACAGGUCGCUGUUUGUGGGACUCGAUGACAGACUGGUGAAGAUCCCGUUAGAACGCUGCUCAAGUUAUCCAGCCGAACGGAGCUGCUUGGAGGCUCGGGACCCUUACUGUGGAUGGGAUCUAGAGCAGAAACUCUGCACCACCAUUGAAGGAAGCUCCAACAUGAACCAUUGGAUCCAAAACAUCACCGAAUGCCCAAUGAGGAACCUGACGCAAGACGGUGGGUUCGGUCCCUGGGCACUGUGGCAGCCUUGUAACCAUGACGAUGGCGAGGGCACUUUCAGCAGCUGCAAGUGUCGGUCCCGCUCGUGUGAUGGCCCGGUGGCCAGAUGUGGAGGGGUCAAAUGCAAAGGUCCAACCAUCCAAGUGGCGAACUGCUCCAGAAAUGGUGGCUGGACUCCAUGGUCUUCCUGGGGUCAAUGUAGCAGCAGCUGUGGCAUCGGAUUUGAAGUGAGGCAGCGGUCUUGCAACAACCCCUCGCCACGCCACGGGGGUCGAAUAUGCGUCGGUCAGGGUCGGGAGGAGAGACUGUGCAAUGAGAAAAAGCUGUGUCCCCUGCCUGUGUUGUGGACAGCCUGGGGUCCCUGGGCUCACUGCAGCGCCGAAUGCGGCGGAGGGGUCCAGUCCAGGACUAGAACCUGUGAGAAUGGGAACACCUGCCCUGGAUGUGCAAUGGAGUACAAAGUCUGCAACCUGGAGAGCUGCCCUGAGGUGCGCCGCAACACCCCCUGGACACCAUGGAUGCCGGUCAACGUCAGCCACGACGGGUCCCGCCAGGAGCAGAGAUUCAGGUACACCUGCCGGGCGCCACUUCACGACCUCCAGCAGCUCCAGCUGGGCAAGAAGAAGCUGGAGACCCGCUUCUGCCCACAUGACGGCUCCGGAGCUUGCCAGACUGACUCUCUGGUUGAAGAGCUGGUCCGGACUAGUGGCAGAACUACGUCCCAGCCCCAAGGUGCCCGAUGGGGACCAUGGGAAAUGUGGUCCAGCUGCUCCCAGCAGUGUUCCAGAGGUUUCCGGACCAGAAAACGCAGCUGCUCCACGUCAGAAGGAAGGGCCAACCUGGCGGCUUGUGCUGGAUCUCCAGUGGAGUAUCAGGACUGUAACGCUCACCCCUGCCCAGUGAGUGGAGCCUGGUCAUGCUGGUCUGCCUGGACCCAGUGUUCAUCCAGCUGUGGAGGGGGCCACUACCAGCGAACUCGGACGUGCAGCAGCCCGGCCCCUGCAAACGGAGGGGACAUCUGCAUCGGCCUGCACACAGAGGAGGCCCUCUGUAACAUACACCCCUGUGAAGGUUGGGGUGAAUGGACGGACUGGGGCGAGUGUGACGACGAGGGUGUGCAGCAUCGCAGCCGGCGCUGUGGGGAGGAGCAGGAGGCUGAGGCCGGCCUCUGCCAGGGAAACCUGACUCAGUCCAGGCCAUGUCAGCCACAUGAGGUCCCAGUGAUUUUACCUGGGCAGGAGAACCAGAGCUGUGGAGCUUUCACCUUGUUCCAGUUGGUGGCAGUGGGCCUAGCCAGCUUCUUUGCUGCAGCUCUCCUCUCGGGGUUGGCGUACUCGUACUGCCACCACCUGAACCAGCCGUCGGCAGAGUCCGCCGCCAUCCACCCCAGCACACCCAACCACCUGACGUAUAACAAGCAGGGCAAUGUCGCGCCAAAGAACGAGAAGUACAUCCCCAUGGAGUUCAAGACGCUAAACAAGAACAACCUCCAUGUGAACGACGAGUCGUGCAACCACUUCUCCUCCCCGAUGGCGUCCAGCAACAUGUUCACCGCCACCUACUACCCUCCCUGUGUGAGCAAGUACGACUUCCACCCCGACUCGCCCUGCAGGUCCUACAUGCACAGCUGAGAGGAGCCGUUUCCAUGCCAAUGCAACCGGAAAAACUUCCUGAAAGCUAAAAACAUUUUCCUGGCCAUUGGAUUUUUUUUAUUUUUUUAUUCAAGGUGCAGUUUCACCCCAAUCACCAGAAAUGUCCUAAUUAAGGACAAACAUCCAAAAAGGUUUCAGUUAAAAUCUACUGUUAUGAAUUAUAAAGAACAUCAUUGAAAAUAAAUGUUGUUUAUUUCAGAAAUUCAAUUCAAAAAGUGGAUAUCUUGAGGCACCACUGAGACAGUAAUAUUUAUUUCUUUUAAAUUUGAUAAUACUGGAUGUAAUGAACACCUAAAAGUUUCGGAAAACUUGAUUGUUACGCAAGACCAAUAAAAACAGUUAUUUCAUAAGGAUAUGAAACAAGGGAAAUCUGGCUGCCUAUUUGCUACAUAUUUCACCACAUAUUAUUGGAAAGUUGAGUGGAAGGAAAAUGUUCAAUUAAAAAAAAGGCAUAAUAAAUGGCAGUCAUGAGAACAUUGUGAGUUCUAUUAAAGCAGUCUGGGCUUCCUGGACACCUCAGCAGUUUAAACUGCACUGAUGUUGUAAUUCAUGCAAAAGGAGCCCUGACCAAAUAGUAUGUGGGAAUACUUCUCAGUUGGGUGACAUUUAUGUAUUUUAAAAAAAAAUAUACAGAAAUGUUUAAGUCUACAUAAAAUAUGAGUUUCACUUUUUGAAUGGAAUUCCUGAAGCAAACGUUUUGAUAUCCAAAUUCGUAGAGAUGCACCCACAGAAAGAAGAAGAAGAAGAAGACCUUCUACAGAUCUCAGACACCAUGUCAAUCAUAAACAAAGAGCUGCCUUUGGUCAGGCUGACCCAUGAGCCACCCAGACGUCACUGCCAAAGGCUCACGGGAAUCAAAACAGAAAAUGUUGCAGCCUUGAACUCUUCAAGCGGGAUGUGUUGUUUUAUGAACUCUCUGAAAUCUAAAAAUGGCUCCUGACGUUCUGCACUGAUGUUCUGUCGGAGUGACAGAGAGGUUUCAACUCUCCAACACGAGGGGACUGACUACAUCGUAGUAAGAACCAUAAGGAUUUCUUACACCCUGCUGAGCUACAGACUGGUUCACAAGGUAUAACACAUGGUAACAGACAUGCGCUCUGAAUGGAUUUCUGCUUUGACGUGCGGAUCUGUGGCUCACUUGCUUUAAUUUUUGUGUCAAAACUACAAUGAAAAGACGACGAAAUGGAAAACUUAAAUGUUGUUUAUAUCAGCAGAAUGUAUAAAUUAUCUCCCAGGUGUUCAGUGGUUGAAUAUUCGGGGAUGUGAACAUAAAAUUCAACCAAGUUACAUCUGAGGUAUUUCCAAUUCUGGUCAGAAGUUUACAUACUUCUUUGAUUCAAGGUUUUAAAAAAUGGAUUUAACAUGUCCUUCCAGAAUAGAGGGGUUACGCAACAAAUAUCCUUAAUAAGGUUUGAAUUUAUUGUGUUUUUAAUCCACACAGAAUCAAACUUACAGGCUUAAAUUUAUACACAAGCAAAAGCAGUUUGUCUGCAGCUUGCUAAAGGAGACCAAAUGUUAAUGGUAAAAUCUGUAGUAAAUUGAAAAGAUUUUAAAUACUGUUGCAGUUGAAGGUUUUAUACUUAUUUGCAAAACAACAGGUCAAAUAAAUCCGCAUAAACCCCAAGUUAUUGACAUUUAUUACAGUAAAUGUAUAUAUAAACUUCUGAAUGAAACUGUACUGUAUAUAGAAUAUUUAUUUGGUUAAGGAAGUUUCCCCAUCUGUGGUUCUGAGAAAUAUCUUUUGAUGAUACAGUAAAAUUCAGACACAUUCAAGAUUUUUAUAUAUAUAUAUAUAUAUAUAUAUGAAUCACACAUUUUCACACAUUUUCUUAAAUUACAAACAAUUCAGCUUUUGUUUCUCAAACUGAGUAGAUACAAAUCAAUAUAAUCAAGUCAUAAAUAAAAAAAA